AUGAGUACAAAGGUCAAAGGCAAAGGGAAAAAGUCCAAGCAAGCCAAGCAAGAAGAAGCUGCUACAGGAGAUAGGCCUCCUUCAAAACUCCAGCAGAUGGAAGAGAAGGAAAUAGAAACAGUGGUAGAGCAAUUAAUAGCCUUAAAUAUUCGAAAGAGUACCCCCCAGGGAGCAGAGGCCAAACCUGAAGGCAGGGAGGAAACAGCCGCUGAGGCAGCUGGUGGGAGCCCUAGCUCUGCCACUUCCCAGGGGUCUCACUCCUCAUCUAGAAGGGGUGGCAGAGGGAGGAGAGAGAGGAGGAAAUAUGACGAGAAAGGCAGGCUGCUUAGUAAUGGUGUAGAUCUGUGUGACUGCCUCAAUGUAGAGUGCCCUGGCUGCUUCUACCCAUGCCCCAACUGCAACUCCAACAAAUGUGGGGUCAAGUGUCGCUGCAACCGGCGCUGGACCUAUACGAAGACCGUAAAGGAGUCUGGCGAUCUGGUCCACGAAUUUCCAUUUGACUAUCCCAACUAA